AUGAUAAAAAAAGACAAAGAGAAAGGUCGAACCAAAGAUCCAGAAAAAGCGCUCAGGAAAGCUGGCAAGCGAAAGAUGAUCAUGGAUGAAGGAGCGAGAAACGAUCGGUGUAAUCUCAGAAAUGGAAUGACAGAUGAGGUCAGAGAUAUGUUUCUGAAGAAACACAAUGAAUACCGGUCCCAGGUUGCAAGAGGUCUCGCCAAAGACAGGCUUGGUGGCACUGCUCCAACAGCCGGGAAAAUGGCCAGGAUGAGCUACGAUUGCAAAAUCGAAGAAAGUAUGAUGAGGUGGCUGAAUCAGUGCAAGUGGGGUCACUCCAGAGGCGAAAACGGUGAAAACAUGUUUAUGUCAACUGACACUCGCAUGAAACCGAUUACGGCUGCGGCUAUGAGCACCGAGGGUUGGUUCAGCGAAUUAGAAACCAAGGGUGUUGGAAAGGAGAACAAACUGACGAUGCAAGUAUUCAAUCGAGGUGUUGGACAUUAUACUCAGAUCAUCGAUUUUCAUGGACUGUAUGCUGUAGACACACAUCAAAAUAUUCAGAGGAAGAAAGAAUCAGCGGUUUCAGCAAAAGAUUCAGCCAGUGUAAAAUCAGCAAGCAUCUACAAUCUCGUGUAA